GUGUUACCGCCCUUGGGGUGAGAUAGAAAGUGAGUAGCAGUGAAGCCUUCGUAUUCAUUGGAGCAGUACAGUAAGUAACUAGCUACUGUCAUUUGAUAGCUUGCGCCUUCUGGAGUGAACUGAAGACGUGUGGAUUGAAUUUGCCCAGUCGCUGUAGAUUCAGCAGAUUACCUGCCCCUAGGCGUGACACUUGGACCCAGAGGGACACAGACAGACACCCCGGUCUGCAGUUGGUGUAGCAGAGAGAGAACAUGGCAUUGUCGUUUAAGAAAGACCUGGAGAAGUACAAGGAGAUUGACGAGGAUGAGAUCCUUAACAACCUGUCAGAGCAGGAACUCAAACAACUGGAGACUGCCCUGGAGGAGAUGGACCCAGAGAAUGCAUUGCUGCCAGCGUCGAUGCGUCAGAAGGACCACACAGUGAAAGCAGCCACCGGCCCCUACAGCAGAGAGAAACUACUCAGUUUUCUGGAGAAGGAGGCCCUGGAGUAUAAAGACAGAGAUGAUGUGGUGUCUUUCUCUGGAGAGAGGAAAGGCAAGGCAUUUGUUCCCAAGCAGCGGCCCAUCGAGUCUCGUCAGGAAGACGUAACGACCCUUGACCCGGAACUAGAAGAGGCCCUGUCCAGUGCUACCGACACUGAACUCUGUGACCUGGCAGCCAUCCUAGGUGUCCAUACCCUGGUGACCAGCACCCAGAGCUACGAUGGAACCAGCAGUAAAGACGGAGGAUACAACAACGUGGUGAAGGGGGAGAAGAUGAACCCCGUGUUUGAUGAGCCUCCCAACCCCACUAACGUAGACGACACUCUGCAGAGGAUAAAAAACAACGACGCUGCGCUGACGGAGGUUAACCUCAACAACAUCAAGAACAUUCCCAUUCCCACGCUGAAGGAGUUUGCCAAGGCCAUGGAGAGGAACACACACGUCAAGAAGUUCAGCCUCGCCGCCACACGGAGCAACGACCCCAUCGCUGUGGCGAUGAGUGAGAUGCUGAAGGAGAACAAGUCGUUGCGGAGUCUCAACCUGGAGUCUAACUUCAUCACCAGCGCUGGUGCUGCUGCUCUGGUGGACUCUCUCCGAGACAACGACACACUGACUGAGAUCAAGAUAGACAACCAGAGGCAGCAGCUGGGGACUUCAGUAGAGAUGGAGAUGGCUAAGAUGCUGGAGGACAACAACAGCAUAGUGAAGUUCGGCUACCACUUCUGUCAGCAAGGCCCGCGGGCUAGAGCUGCUGCUGCUAUCACCAAGAACAAUGACCUGAUCCGCAAGAGGCGAGUGGAGGGGGACCAGUAAGGGGCGGAGCCUGUCAUGUCUCCCAGAUCUGUCCCGUCGUCUCAUCUCGCCGUAUGGAAUACAUUUUCAGCCAAUCCCCUGGUCUCAUCUCACCGUGGACGUUAAGUCUUGUGCCAAAACCCGGAGCAAGGCGCCCUCAACCAGACGGGGACUGCGAAUCCCAAAUGGCACCCUUGUUCCCUACGUAGUGCACUACUUUUGAUCCGAGCCCUAGGGGCUGUGAUCGUGCCCUAUAGAGAAUAGGGUUCCAUUUGAGACGCAGGUAACAUCAUCUAUCUGAGGAGAAGAGAAAUAACUGGAAUAGCUCUCUCUAGUACCUACAUAUCUAUACACACGUUGUUGUUAUUAUUAUUAUUAUUGUUUAUUAUACUAUUGUUAGAACUACA